UGUUCCUCCUGAAUAUGUUAAAAGAGGCAUAUACUCUAUGAAAUCCGAUGUGCACAGCUUUGGGGUUCUACUUCUACAAAUAAUAAGUGGAAAAAGGGUUUCAAUUCUAUAUGGCCAUGAAGAAAGCUUAAGCCUGCUAGAUUAUGCAUAUGGGCUCUGGAAAGAUAACAAAGGCAUGGAGUUUAUGGAUCUAUCACUAGAUGAUACAAAUUUCUCAUGUAAGUUAAUAAAGUGCUUGCAAAUAGCUUUGCUAUGUGUUCAGGAAAAUCCAAAUGAUAGACCAUCCAUGUUGGAAGUUUACUCCAUGCUUAAAAAUGAAACCUUAGAUAUAAUGAGUCUAAAGAAGCCGGCUUUCUCGAAACAAGAUGAUGAAAAUGGAGAAACCAUAGCAACAUUCAAUGGCACGACUAUUUCAGAAGUUGUAGGUAGAUGAUUGAAGGAUUUGUAGCGCUGCAGCGAGGUGUUGUAAUUUGGAGAUUUAGGAACUCUGGUUAGCAGGAACACUUCAAUUAAGCUUAAUUUUGUCUAAAAACUCUUUAUUCCCUCUAAUAGAUA